AUUCACAAAAUGAAUAGUUUAUAUCGAGUCGGUUCAUGGUCUCUGAUUCAGUUGAUUAUUGUACCUAACUCGUAGUACCUGUUCUAUAGUUUAUUUAAUUCGAUCUAUAUAUAUAUAGGUGUAUUUGUGCGUGUUUUUUUAUUGUUUUCCUAUUCUAUUUCUAGUCGCAAGAUACACGAAUCAUCAUGAGUAACCAGCAGUAUUAUCCAUUCAAAUGCACCCCCACCGUCUACCCCGCAGACCCCUUCGACCCCGUCUCCGACGCGGCCACCCUAAAAAAAGCCAUGAAGGGCUUCGGCGCCGAUGAAAAGGCCAUCAUCGACGUCCUAGCCCGAAGAGGCAUCGUCCAACGUCUCGAAAUAGCCGAAACCUUCAAAACCUCCUACGGCAAAGACCUCGUCUCGGAGCUGAAGAGUGAACUGGGCGGCAAAUUCGAGGACGUCAUCGUGGCCCUUAUGACGCCCCUGCCCCAAUUCUACGCCAGGGAGUUGCACGACGCCGUGGCCGGAGCCGGGACUGACGAGGAGGCCAUCAUCGAGAUACUGUGCACCUUGUCCAAUUACGGCAUCAGGACGAUCGCGCAGUUCUACGAGCAACUGUAUGGAAAACCUCUGGAAAAAGACUUGAAAAGCGACACAUCUGGCCAUUUCAAGAGACUGUGUGUUUCCUUAGUGCAAGCCAAUCGCGACGAAAACCAAGGCGUCAACGAACAACAAGCCGUGGCAGACGCGGAGGCCAUCAUCGAAGCGGGCGAAGCCAAAUGGGGCACCGAAGAGUCCAUCUUCAAUUCCAUCCUCAUCACCAGGAGCUACCAGCAACUGAGGGCCACGUUCGCCGAGUACGAAAGACUGACGGGCAAGGACAUCGAAUCGUCGAUCAAGAAGGAGUUCUCCGGGGAUAUUCAGAAGGGAUUGCUGGGAAUCGUGAAAUGUGUGAAAAGUAAAGUAGGAUACUUUGCUGAGCGCCUCCACGAAUCUAUGGCCGGUUUGGGCACCAAUGACAAGACUUUGAUCCGCAUCAUCGUGUCCAGAUCAGAAAUCGACCUGGCCGAUAUCAAGCAGGCGUUUAUGGACAAAUACGGGAAAACUUUGGAGAGCUGGGUUUCGGAUGAUGCUCCGAGUGAUUUGAAAUAUGUAUUGCGGACGCUGACUGUUUACGGUUGAUCCAAUUGAUUGAAAAAAAAAGUGUCCAUUAUACAACUUACUCAGGUUUCAGGUACCGAAAUUUCGAUGCUCGAAUCUUUACUCAAAAAAAUGUUCAAUGUACCAGAACUGUACCUCUUCGAAUAUAUUUGAAUUUAAUUAGGGAGGCCUUAUUGUAAUAAUUGUUGAAGUCGCAGAGCUUUAUUGUCAAAGUUUAAAAAGAUGUUGUUUAAUGUAAAGAUGUUUAAUUUUGUCGUUGUGUUUAGGAAAGGUGCAGGGCAUUUCUCUUCUACAUUACUAUCGAGCCUUUUUAUAUUCACAUAAGUAUGUUUUCACCUUUUUUUAAAUGUUUGUAUAUGUGCUUUUUAUAGUGCUUAACAAUAAAAUGUAUCCAAGAU